CGCAAGGCUUCCUUGAGGUUGCCCGGGGAAACACGGCGCUUCCCAUUGCAAAACGUAUUGCAAAGAUGCUGUUUGUCCACCAUCCCCCCCAGCGCCCCAACACGAGCACGCCCAUCCACACUGUGCUCGACAGGAUGGCCUUCUCGCAGUCCCAGCCGCCCACUCCCACCCCAGCAAGCAUCGCCUCACUGAGGCAGCACGCAGGCAGGCGCCUGCGGCCGGUGACAGCGCGGUCCGAACAGCCCUACGACUCUGAGUAUGAGGCCCAUCUCGAGACCUUCACAAAGGCGACCGAGAGCAUCGUUGAGGAGGCGCACGCCGGCAUCCGAAAGGCGGAAAGGGUGCUGUCGGCGAAAUCGAUGCGGUCGGACAGGGACAGGGAGUCCCUGGCAGAGAGCGCCCCGGCACACUCGGCCCCACCGACACCCUUCAGAGACGUGAUUGGCAAGAUAGAGACGCCGGAGUUUCCCUAUGAAGAGAUAGAGGAGCGUAUCAAGAGCACCGUCGAGCAGCAGGGGGGCAUGGGCCAGUCAAGGGCCAUGCGAGAGGCGAUCAACUAUCUGAGAGAGGAGUACCAGACGCAGCUGAGACGGGCGAGAGACGCAAUGGUCAGGGAGUUCAGACAGUGGGCCGUCAUGGCCAAAAGAGACAGAGAGGUGAGAAAGGGAGGGAGGGAGGGAGGGAGGGAGAGGGGGACAUCAAAAGGCAUUUGCAGCAUUCACAUUGUCUUUUCUCCUUCUCCUUAAGAUGUUGCGUGCAUCGAUGGAGAAGUCUCUGGAGGACGCCUGGGAGCAGCGGCAGAAAUCCAUCAGCAAGGAGACGUCCGACACGGCCAUCGAGAACGCCCGGCUCAAGGCGCAGAACGACCGGCUGCGGACUCUGCUGCUGUCACAGGAGAUGCUCCUGACCAUAGCGAGACACCAGCAAGGGGACAGGGACACACCACGGAGGGUAGGUAGGUACGUAAAACCACAAACCGUCCCAUACAUACGCUGGGUGUUCCCAUUCCCCGUCUGUCUGUGUGGCUGCUUUGCUUGUUGGUGUGCAGGAGACGCAGGCCAAGGAGACGUCUCAGUACAGGAAGAGGAUACGUGGGCUGGAGCUGGCCAACAGCCGGCUGCAGCAGGACGUCCAUGCGAGGGACGAGAUGGUGCUCAACCUGCGGGAAGAGAUACGCAAGCUGCAGAGCCAACUGGAGGAGACCGAAGAGUGAGCAUGAGCAUGUCCACACCUGGCACAGGAGACAGCCUCUGUAUAUGUGUGUGUGGGUGUUUGUGCAGGGAGCGUCAUAGCCAGGAGGAGAUGUACGAGAAACGGAUCUUGCAGCUUGAAGAGGAGCUGCAGAGAAGGGAGCUCGAACUCACACAAAAGCUCGACAGCUACGUCGCCAAGUAAGCACAGAACGCUGGCUGGAGGACAAAAGAGGGGGCGUGUCCUGAUGGAAUCGGUCGUCAUGCCAUUGUCUGUCUGUCUGUCUGUCUGUCAGUUUUGAUGAGUACAAGAAGGACACAUCGGGGCAGAUCAAGUUCCUCAAGGCCAUCAUACAGAGACAGGUGGGUGUGGACAGAUGUACAUAACACAAUAAGUAUCCACACACUCUGCACGGCUUGGCGCAGACGGAUGCUCUGAAGCUGUACGAAGCCGAGCGCGCCGAGCUGAUCAAGGCCAUACAGGUCAACGACAUUCUGUUUUAGCGACUUUCUGUGUGCCAAUGUGUGUGUGUGUGUGUGUUCAGAAGCCCAGCACCCGUGUGGGUGAGCCUGAGGAAGAGGUUGAAUUUGAACCUUACGAGUUCAUCAGCAAGCUAGAGUGAGAUCAUUUAUUGAUCGGCGGACACACCUGCUGGUGUCUCGUCUCAUCCCACCUCACGCUGUCUUGUUCUCUGUCUCCUUUCCUUUGUUGGCAUGUUGUGCUGCAGAUACCGCAAGGACCUCCUCGGCAUGGACUUCGCGUGGAAGGACUACCCACCUUCAAGUAGACACACAACCGCACACACGUUGAUUGAACCGGGCGGCCGUUCCCUGGCUCCGUCUCUACCUGUGUCAGCCCCCUCCCUCCAAGGCACCACGCCCCGGUUCUUCGUCGUCCGCAGGAAGCCCACCACACAGACAGAGACACAGAUGGACACCACCACCAGCCCCAGAAGCCCCAGAAGCCCCAGAACCACCACAGGCACAGGAGCAGCAGGAGCAGCCAAGCCCUCCCCCCGCCCCCCCAAGACCGAGUGGAUCCACAUCGACACCUCGCCAAUCUCCGUCCAGCAGGCCACCAAGCGGCUGGAUGAGAGUUUGCAGCAGGUCAAGGGGCCCCGGUGGCGGGAGAGGGACCCCCGCUUCUCAGCCUCUGUGCGGGAGAGGGGCGGGCGGAUGGAACUGGACGAGGAUGGCGGGGGUGCUGGUGGUGCUGGUCAAAACAGGGGCAGCUGGACGGACAGGUGGGGGGGUUGUCGGUGGAGGUUGGUUGUGCGGACGAUCCUGAUAUCAUGGCUGUGUGCGUGUGUGUGUGUGCGUGCGUGUGUGGGCAGGUCGUACUACAAGAGCGGCCACCCGCCAAGACUGCCGGAUGGGUAAGUGGAACACUCGUCAUAUGGACGAGCGCGUCCAUAUAUUAAUGGGCGUUGAUCGGUUUUUGUGCAGGCCUGUGCUGUCGUCUCUGCGGCCACUCGUCAUCCCCCCACCUGUGCAGACACGAAAAGAGUGGUGAGCAAAGCACCGCACCCUCGGCAUGGACGAAUGUGUCUUGUGUCUUGUGCUAUGUUGUGUUGGGUGGCAGGUUGAUGCGGCAUCAGCCGCCAGAGGCGGUGAUCCCACUGCCGGCCCUCACAAUCGGAUAGAUGACCGUGUGCACGUGCGUGGGUCGAUUCGAUUGGUGGAUGCAAUCGUCUUCUCCUGUGUGGUUGUGGUUGCUCUUCCUAUGUAUGUCUUUGUGUGGGCUGGCUGGGCAAGGGCUAUCUUUUCUCUCACGUGUGUUGACCUGACCUCACUACUCUUUCAGUGUGUUCACGUGAUGUGUUGGUUCGUCCAUGUGGUGUCGUGCAUCGGUCAAUCAUCAUUCCGUCAAUCAAUCCAUUGGCUAUGCACAUAAUCCGUGCAUUCAUUCAUGCUGGCAGGCAGGCAGACAAAUCACCGGCCAUCGCAAUGAAUACGAAUCCACACAUCCCACAAAUGCCCGCAACUGUAAGCUAACUCAGCAAGCAAACCAAACCUUCUGUACAUUCCCCCCCCCCCCCCCCCCCCCCCCCCCCCCCC